GUGCUUAUUUUGCAUUUUCUAAACUUGAUAAGAGGACAGUAUAGACAGAACGGGAUGUGGCUUUGCUGGUGUGGGAAAAAAUAGACCAACUUCGGUUUCCAAGCGUUUGCAAAACUGGUGCAUUAAUUGUUCUAAAAAUAGAUUUAUUUCGUUAUCCCGGAUUUCCCCGUUUCCCCCUCCAUGUUUUGCACAGAUCGCAGUCGGCGCUCAUGAUGCAUUCGCAACAUACGCGUACGCAGACCGCACGUAUUUGUGCGUGUGCGCCCGGAUAUCGAUGACCCGAUGAGAGUUUCGUAUUUUGUGGUUAUUGACCACUAAUAUUCCCCCUUUCUCUUGGGAUUUGUGGGUGAUUCGGCCGUUUGCUGCUGACCAGCCUUCAAAAGGUCACUAUUGUUAGACACAAGAUCUUACCAUGUACAGGCUUCACCUAAGGUUCAAAGAUGUCUCAAGCUAACCCCGCCCCAAGUCAGCCCGACCCUUUGCCUUCAACGAGUGUCAACCCCAAGGGAAAGGCAUCAACCUUAGAGAUGGUUACCCAGGAUAAACAGUUCCAGAGUCUGCGAUCUCGGGAUGGUAAAGUGGACUGUCAGAAUCAGGGUGAAGCAAACGUGGUCGUAGGAGAAGAAAUGAGCACUAAGGGCACUUUACUAUCUCAAGAUGUGAGAGCGGAUGGAUGGUGCCCUGAAGGAAAUAGUGUAGUAUCUGUAGGAGAUGGACUCGAACACCCUGGAGAUGAGGCUUCACGUGUUAGCAUAAGUGGCAGUUUGCGAUCUGGAAAUUUUGACAGAAACCCAAGAAACAUUGCCGAUUGCAAGCAUGGAGACAUACAAGAUUUGGAAGAGGUCCAAGAAAAUUUGAGAGACACUCAUAUACGUGAAAACAGGAGCAGAGAACCAGCUGCUGGUGAACCAGUAAUUAGAAAGGAAGAUGAUCAACAAGAUUGCCAGACAAAAGAAGGACAUUGUAAAAGAGUAAAUGUUGGUGUUUCCGAAAGGUCUGGUCAGAGUCCAACUGCAGCAGGUGAACAAAAACCAGCUGUAGCAGUUCCACCCAAUGAAAACAUAAGAAUAGGAGAUGGUGGAGGAGAAAAAGGAGGAGGAAAGGGAGGAGGAGGAGGAGAUUCUAAAAAGGAACCGGAAGCAUCAAUGUUUCCAAUGCAAUCAAGCGAUGAUGGGCAACAAAUAUUCUCUCAAGAAAACUCGAACAAGCAAUCCUCAGACAAUGCCCGCAGUUUACAUUCGUCUCAAAGCGAUCCAAGCAUGGCCACACCCCGGGAUUCUCCCCCAUCUUCCUUGAAAGUCUCCCGCAGUCAAUCCCUCCAGAACAGCCGCAAGAAUGAACACUACGACCUGCUGCUGAUAUACACGAAGGAAGACGAAAGCACCUGUGCCAACAAAUUCAGAGAAUACGCUGCCAGUAAAGACUGGAUAGUUACGUCUCUGGCUGAGCUUCCGAUCGGUACCCUGUCUCUCAAAAACUUCCGCAAAGCCAUGGAGUGUUGCUCCUACGUCGUCCUCUUGAUAUCCUCCCAUUUCACAUCGGACAAGACCUGCGAACGCCAUUACAACACUGCCAUCCAGUACGGAGAUACACACACAGAGUUUGCCGAUUGUGUUCUGCCGAUCAUAUUCGACAGUGCCGAGCUUCCCCCGGAACUGGAUGCCAUUCAGCAUGUCGAGUGGGGUGGUCAAUUCUUUGACAAUGUCAUGACGAGGUCGGUUGAUGUUCAGAAGCGCCUGGACAGGGAGCUUCGGGAAGCUGCAGCAGCUAGAUCAUCGACACCAAGCAGAGCCAUGUCUGUAGAUGCAGGCAUACCUACCACAAGUUCCUAUCAGAUGGCCUCGACCCCACCAACCCUUAGCACAGUUCCAGCAAGAAUGCCUAUGCAUGAGACUGAGUCAUAUCAAACCGGUGCUGCUGCACAGCAACCUCCUGUACAGAGGGUGCCAGAACAAGAGGCAUGUUUGAUGCCUUCUGACAACCAGUCACCAGUCUUGCCACCCAUCCCUGUUGCUGGAACGUCUGAUGUGGGUGUCACACAAAUAUCUCUCCCAGGUGCUGCUGCUACCACUGCAGGAAAGCAGGUACAGCAUGCUGCAACACGUGGCACCCAUCUCAUAACAGCCCCUGGGGCUGGGUACCACACUCCUCACAUGGUUGAUCACAGUGGCAUGCCACCACAUCAGUCUCUGGCCCCAACAACCUCCCAACCACAUGCAGCAUACCGGCAACAAGUGAGUUUACCAGCAAUGCAAUACCAACCAUCGCAGCAUCCGGAAGGUGUUGCUGGUAUGUCUCAGCUCAGUGGUAGUGCAAUAGCACAACACGGCUCUCACAUCGUCCCAGCCCAGUCACUCACCAAUCCACUCCCUGCAACUUUACAACCACAUUCGAUUUACCAGCAACAGUCCAGUGUGGCAGCAAUGCAAUAUCAACCUUUGCAGUAUCCAGAUGCAGGUGGCUAUGGUUUACAGCAUCCCAUUUCAAUGGCUGCACCAUCCGGCUUCCCACAAUUUCAACGUACAAUCUCUCAUCCUGCACAGGAUUACGAGAACUUGAGUUGUGAACAGAUCCUGCAGUCGCUGUCCCCAGAGUUAAACCCCGGACAAGCCGCCAGCCAGAUGCUCUCAGUGACUCGAUUCAUAAAGAUCUGCGAGCUCCUGGACCCUUUCGACGUCAGGGGGAACGACUGGAGAUUUCUUGCGGAGAUCCUGGAUCUGAGCACCUCCCACAUCAGGUACUUGGAGGAGAACCGCACGGGGGUGACGAGGAAACUUUUGGAAGUGUUCUUCUUGAAGAAUGGGACGAAAGGUAAGAUAGAAGUGCUGGAGAAGCUUCUGACAAUACUGAAGACGAUGGAGAGACAUGACGCAGCCGAGCACGUAGAUAGGGAGAUCAAAAUUGCCAAAUGUAAAGGAAGGUAGUGAUGCCUGUAUUAGAAUGUCAUUGUGUGUGUUAUAGACUCCAGCUGCAAAAUUAAACUGGGAAAAUUAUAUAGGUAACAGUGGAAUAUAUGAGAAGGGUAGAAAUCUAUUCAAACAUUAUCAUUGUUUGUAGUUAUGACAUGAAAAAUAACUAUUUUAGUAACUUUAAGAGACAAUGCAGUUUUUAUGUUCAUGUACUAAAGGUUCCUUAGAAAGACGAAAACAUUCUGUCUCUUAAACUUGUCAAAUUCGCAAGUUGUGUUCUGCAUUACUCAAAAAAGUGUUUUGAUGGAGUUGCAUCCUUUACCCUUUCAUGUAUUCCAUCGUUUUCUGGUAUAAGUGAUCAAUGAUUGGUACUCUACCAUGUGCAUUUUAUAAUAAUAGUUGGAAUAUUUUCUAUACGUGAGAUUUUUUUUUUGUCUCCAGGGAAUUCCAUAUUUUGUGGUCGUGUGCCUACAUCUUAGCUACUGAUCACUUACGGUAGGUAAAGAUGUUUACCAGAAAGAAAAAAAUUAGUAGUCCCGGUCACAUCAAGUAAUAUGCUCUUUCUGAAUGAAUGAAUUGAAUAGAAAUAAGCCCAUGAUGCUGUAUCGCAAUUACCUUGGGAUACGACAUCGGCCUAUUUUCCAUUUUCAGUUAAACCUGUAAAUAAAGAUGGCUCAAGGGAGACAUAACAAGUAGUUUGUCUUUAUCAACAGGUUAAGUUUUUAAAGGUUUUAGUGAGAUGCACUGUUAAUGUGUUUAAUUUUGAAUUUUUGACUGUUUUUACUUUCUCUGGGAGGUUCAAGUGAGCAAACUUGAUUGAUAGAAGAAUUUUGUCAAGCUUAUUUUACUCUGCAAGUAAUAUAAACUUAACCUUAGGAUUUUAUUUAAGAACUAGUAAACACGGUAUAAAAGAGUAACCAAGUUUGGAAAUUUUGCAUUAAUAAUCUUUGCUAAAUUGCCUUCUAUCAUUCUAUAUUUUCAUCAUUCUCAUCAUUAAAUGUACCGCAGCUGUAGAUAAAUUGGGAUAUAGAUCUAGGCAGAUUCAUGAAUGUAAUUGCAGUCCGAAAUCUGCCUAGGUCUAUUAAAAUGGCAAUUGCAGUCAGAAAUGCACCAUCAUAGAAGGUAAUGGUUUAUUUGUUAAUUGUAGGAAAUGGUCGUUGCUAUAGAGCCUAUGAUCAACUUGUGUCAGAUGCCAUCUGCUGGAGGCUGCCCUGCCCCCCCCCCCCCCUCCCCCCAAAAAGGGCUGACACCCCCACAAUUCCAUGGAUAAUGAUGCCUGUAAUCUUAAUCGGGGGGGGGGGGGGUGUUU